UUGGCCUCGCACUUCUGAGGACUUGGGUUCGAUCCCGGACCCGCCCCCGCCCGCGUGGCGUUUACACGUUCUCCCCUUCCGAACCGCACGAGUGGACAGGUAUGCAAUAAGCGAACAUGUGGAACAUGUGGACCGGGAACCGAGCGGACGCCGGCCGCGGCCUGCAGGCGGCGCCUGUUGCGCAGAUGCGGAAUCUCCCUCGGACGAAGGACGUGGAGGGGGCGGGGGGAGGCUGCUCCUUAAAUAGCCCCCGCGGGUGGCCACUUUCAAGACAAGAGGAGCGGCGAUGCGAUCAGAGUCCACGCAGAAAGAGGGUGGCUUCAAGUGGUCAACCCUCACGGGGAAGCUCCCGGGGGGGCACAAGCCGAUGCUCAAGUUGCCCAAGAUUUGGGUCCCCAAGGCGGCCGAAGUCAGGCGCAACAGCGCCCCCGCCCCCGCGGAGCCCCGAGAAGUCGAGCCCGCAGUUGCACCCGCCUCGGCGCCCCCUGCGCCCCUCGGACCUCCUCGGCCGCCCGCGCCGCUGACCUUCGAGCAACACCUUGCGGCGCUGCACCUGAGCGAGGCGGGCCGCCUGCUGCUGGCCAGAGAGGAGCGCCUAUUCGCGGGCGGGGGGCUCCGGCCCCCGGAGGUCGUGGACGCGGACGCGCUGGAGGCCGACCGCCGGGCCUUGGAGGACGAGGUGCUGCGGACGCUCAGGACCUCGCUGGACGCGGACGCGGACGCGCAGGUCCUGAGGUCGGCGGUGAGCUUCGUGGAGCUGGAGGAGGAGCAGGACCAGAUAUGGGAGCGGCGGCGGGGGGGAACGCUGCCCUCCUGGAGGCUCAGGUGCUGGAGGCAAGCGCACGACGCCACGUUGCAAAGCCUGGUGGAGGAGCGUAUGGAGGCCCCCCCGACGCCCGCCGCCCUGCGCCCGGGCCACUCGUCCAUCCAGGCCGACGUGCACAGCAUGGGCCGGCGGCUCCGGCGCGACCUGCUGCUGGUGCUGGAGCGCGUGGAGACGUGCUACCCCGCCCACCUGCGCAUCUGCCGGCAGUACGCCGCCUGGUACCACCGCUGCGUCGGCGCCAAGCUGGCGAAGUUGGCGGACUUCGGACUGGACGACCAGGACUGCACCUUCCUGCUGCGCUGGGUCAACGACUUCUACCCGCGAUUGCUUCAAGAACUGGAGGCAGCAGGUGAGCUGGACACCCGAGCGCUGGACUGCCUCCUGCCCAAAGAUCUGCUGGCCCCUUUGGAGGAGCAGUACCUCAGCAAACAGCAGGGCGAGCUGAGCACGUACCUGGGGCGCAUCUUGGACGAGGCCCGGGAGACGUGGACCGAAGGGGGGCUGCCGCCCAGCGAGGACGGCUGCUUCGCCAGUCCCCUGGCCUACGACAUCAUUCAGAUGGUGAACGGCAUGGUGAGCGCGGCGGAGAAAGUGCUGGGCGACCUGCCGAAGGCUCGGACUUUGACGUGUCAGCUGCAAGACUUGCUGCGCAGGUUCGCGACUUUCCAGGCUGACGUCAUCAAGCGCAACAAAGCGAACAGCGCGGCCUUCGUCAAAGCCAAUCUCGGCUGCGUGGCGCAGUUCAGGGACUUCCUGGCGAGCAGGAGCCGACUGUUCCCGGAGGACGUUCGCCGAAACUGCCUGAGAACGUUGACGGACAUGAAAGGAAGCGCACACGAGUACCUGCUGGGCCCCGUCCACAAGAACCUCAAGCCGCACUACCGAAAACUUUUCAGCCAAGAGUGGUUGAAGACGUCCACGCUCGACAAGCUGCAGCGCGGCCUGGAGGACGAGAUGCUUCAGCUCGAAGGCCCGUCCAAGUCCUGUCGGCAGGAGCUGACGGCUCGGCUGCACCGGGACGUUGCGGUGGAGUACGUGUACCGGCUUCUGAAGGCGGAGCUCAAGCUGAAGGACAAACUGCAGCAGCGGCAGGCCGCCGACAACGUGGAGCGCGACGCCGGCGCUUUGCGCGACUUCUUCGGCGGACACGGCUCCGAGGAGGCCUGGCUUCACCAAGUUCUGAUCAUGAUCGCCGAAGUCCUGAAGCUCCAGGACCUCCCUGCCAUCCAGUUCCAAGUGGCCUCGCUGGGCACCGCGUUCCCUGACCUCAGUGAGAAGCACGUGCUGUCUUUGCUCAAGCUGAAGAGCAACCUCACCAAGGAGGAUAAAAACAACGUGAAGGCCGUCCUGUUGGAGAUUCCCAAGGAUUCCGCCCAAUCGCAGGCCUUUUUCUCAUUUGUGGCGGUCAAAUAGCGAGAGUGCCGAGUGGCGGUCCUUCACCCACGCAAUCUCCUACGCGUGUGCGUGCGUGCGUGCGUGAUUUUUAUUAUUUCAUGAACAUUAAGGUCACUUUGUAGUUGUUGUUGUAUAGGUUGAACAUGUACUGUACAUAUAUAUAUAUAUUUUUUUUUUUUAAAUAGUGAAUAAUAAAUACCAGACGCAAAUGUGAACAACA